UGUCUAGCAAGGAUAGGGUGAUGUUGUAUUGUGAACUGAGAGAGAGAGAGCGAGAGAGAGAGAGAGCACCUCUGCCGCUUUCCUUGCCUUCUCUCCUGUGCGCAGUGCUCCGGCCCGGCCGCUCCUUCCUUCCUUCCUCAUUUCCUCCCCACAGCUGGCUGUCUCCUCUCUCGGAUGCUGGUUGUGCCUUCUCCUUUCGCACUACCGCCGAGCAGGACCAAAUACUUCGGAGGGGUGGAAUGACUGACUACCUGUUUUGCAUGGUCUGAAUUUCGGGAAAUUCGCACGUCGGAAAGGAGGGGAGUCAAGAGGGAAAAAAGGAGGCUCUCCAUCCUCCCCGAGGGAAUUUAUUUUACAGAGGUAUGCCAGUGCCUGAGGUGGCGUCUGACACUGCCAGCGCUGCUACCAUGUUGAGCCCCGUCCUCAAUGCCUCCAACGGAGACGGCUCCGAGUCUGAAACCACCUCCGCCAUCCUCGCCUCAGUCAAGGAACAGGAGCUGCAGUUUGAACGUCUGACCAGGGAGCUGGAAGCCGAACGACAGAUUGUCGCCAGUCAGCUGGAGAGAUGCAAGCUUGGCUCUGAGACUGGAAGCAUGACUAGCAUCAGUUCAGCAGAUGAGAAGUUUCGCUGGAAUAAUCAAGAUGGACAGAAGGACAUAGAGGAGGAGCUGACAACAGGCCUAGAGCUGGUGGACUCCUGCAUCCGAUCGCUCCAGGAAUCGGGCAUCUUGGACUCACAGGACACUUCUACAGGAGACAGACAAGGACUCCUGUCCCAAAGCGCUUUACAGCUUAACAAUCAAGAUGCCUAUGCAGCAGCUGGUUACCAUAGUAAUCAAGGGCUGACACUUGGAGAAUCAGUCCCAGGCCGCAGUGGGCAAAUCGGAGGAGCAGUCCACAGCUACAACCAGGUGACAUCCAGCCGUGCAGCUGCCCAGUUAGCAGGCACAGACUCUCCUUCACAGUCCCAGAGAGACUCAUUUGCCCAGCAGGCCUUUGGCAGCGCUUUCCACAUGUCCACAGAGGGCGGACCUGCACCUGCUGGACCAUCCAUGUAUUACUCGUGUGCCACUUUGCCUGCACAGCGCGUAAGCUCCCCUCUGCAGGCGGUGGGAUCUCCUACCAAGCUGCAGCGGCUGGGAUCAGCCUCUGCUGACAUGCCCAGCUACGCCACGCUACAGAGAGUGUCCUCACCCAAGCAAUCACCCAGCCGACUCGCCAAAUCCUACAGCACCUCAUCCCCCAUCAACAUGGUAGCAUCAGGUGCUGGCGGCUCGUCCUCACCGCUCCCCAUGGUAGCCUCUCCAGGGGGAAAUCACUCCUCGUCACCCAUACACCAGCUUAGCUCUGCGGUGGGGAGCUAUGCCACCCUGUCGCCCACCAAGCGCAUGCUGCAUCACAUCGGAGCAGAUACCUACAAGAUUUCCCACGAGCUGUACGCUAACGCAACCCUGCAAAGGCCUGGUAGCCUGGCAGGUAGAGGGUCCAGAGGUUCCUACAGUAGCCAGCACAGUCACCUGGGCUCCGAACUGCGACCCCUGCAGUCCCCUGAACACCACAUCGACCCCAUCUAUGAAGACAGAGUCUACACCAAACCUAACAUUAGAGGACAAGUGGUGAACCAGUUGUACCAAGAGGUCCUCAAUUAUCUGCUCUGUCCCUACGCUCCUCUUUCCACUUUAGCCCCACCCUCCCCCGGUGUCGACCCAAUCCCCUUACAGCGAACGGGAAGCCAGAGCGCCACCGCCACCUUCCAGAGAGGCAGCUUUGCCACGGGAGGCGGGGCGGCCGACUACGCCAAUCCGUACCGCACUCUACAGUUCUGUCCGUCGACCGAGUCGCCUUACAGCAAGUCAGGCCCCGCCCUCCCCCCUGAGGCGGCGCUGGGCCGAUCCCCAUCAGUGGACAGCAUCCAGAAGGACCCAAGGUACGACCCCGAAUUCCUUGUGUGGAAUCAAAAUCAAGCCGAGCAAAGAAUGACAAAGGAGUUUGGCUGGAGGGAUCCAGAGCUGCCAGAGGUGAUCCAGAUGUUGCAACAUCAGUUCCCAUCAGUUCAAUCCAAUGCUGCUGCUUACCUCCAGCACCUCUGCUUUGGAGACAACAAGAUCAAAUCUGAGAUUCGGCGGCAGGGUGGAAUCCAGCUGCUGGUGGACUUGUUGGACCACAGGAUGACUGACGUGCACCGCAGCGCCUGCGGAGCCCUGAGGAACCUGGUGUAUGGCAAAGCCAACGACGACAACAAGAUCGCCCUGAAGAACUGCGGAGGCAUACCCGCUCUAGUGCGACUGCUCCGGAAGACCACAGAUGUGGAGAUCCGAGAGCUCCUCACAGGUGUUUUGUGGAACUUGUCAUCAUGUGAUGCCCUGAAGAUGCCCAUCAUCCAGGACGCUUUGGCCGUUCUGACCAACGCUGUGAUCAUCCCACACUCGGGCUGGGACACCUCCCCGCACACGCAAGAGGACCGCAAACUGCACCUACACUCCUCCCAGGUUCUCCGCAAUGCCACCGGCUGUCUGCGGAAUGUGAGCUCUGCAGGUGAGGAAGCCCGUAGGAGGAUGAGGGAGUGCGAGGGUCUGACUGACGCUCUGCUCUAUGUCAUCCAGACCGCUCUGGGGAGCAGCGAGAUUGACAGCAAGACUGUAGAGAACUGUGUGUGCAUCCUGAGGAACUUGUCGUACCGUCUGGCUGCGGAGACCUCUCACAGCCAGCAGGGGGGGUCGGAAGAGUUGGACGGCUUGUUAUGUGAUACUGGAGGGAAGGACGCAGAGAGUUCGGGAUGUUGGGGCAAGAAGAAGAAGAAAAAGAAGGGACAUGACCAGUGGGACGGCGUCGGCCCAUUUCCAGACUUGGCGGAGCCCCCGAAAGGCAUCCAGAUGUUAUGGCACCCCACCAUCGUUAAGCCCUACCUCACACUGCUGUCUGAGUGCUCCAACCCAGACACCCUGGAGGGAGCAGCUGGGGCUCUGCAGAAUCUAGCUGCUGGCAGCUGGAAGUGGUCCGUCUAUAUCCGAGCUGCAGUGCGCAAAGAGAAAGGACUCCCUAUCUUGGUGGAGUUACUGAGGAUAGACAAUGAUAGGGUCGUUUGUGCUGUGGCUACAGCCCUGAGAAACAUGGCUCUGGACAUCAGGAACAAGGAGCUAAUUGGUAAAUAUGCCAUGAGGGACCUGGUGCACCGUUUGCCUGGAGGCAGCAACAACAACAACAGCAGUGGUGGGGGAGGAGGCGGAGGGGGUGGCACCAACAGCAACAGCGGGCUGGUGGGGAAGACCAUGUCGGAUGACACCAUCACGGCUAUCUGCUGCGCGCUGCAUGAGGUCAUCACCAAGAACAUGGAGAACACCAAAGCCCUGAGGGACGCUGGCGGCAUCGAGAAGCUCAUUGGCAUCGCCCGCAGCAAGGGAGACAAAAUUCCCAGACAUAGUCCCAAAGUGGUGAAAGCUGCAUCUCAAGUCUUGAACAGCAUGUGGCAAUACAGAGACCUGCGCAGCCUCUAUAAAAAGGACGGCUAUUCCCAGUACCAUUUUGUUGGCUCCUCCUCCACGAUAGAGAGAGACAGACAGCGACCUUAUUCUUCCUCUCGUACGCCCUCCAUCUCUCCUGUGCGGACCUCGCCCAACAAUCGAUCAGCGAGUGCUCCUGCGUCCCCCAGGGAGAUGAUGGCAUUGAAGGAGAGAAAGGCAGACUACGAGUCAACUGGCAAUGCCAGUUACCAUAGCAGCAAGGGCGAGCACACAUCCCGGAAAGACGCCAUGGCGGGUCAAAUCUCCGGUGGGUCUUCAACACUACACAGAGGAGCGUAUGUGUCCCCAACUGAUGACCUGAAGUAUAAUCAGGUAUCUUCUCAAGGCUUGCCAUCAGAACCCUACCCCCCUUUCCAAAAUCCUCCUCCACCUGACAGCAGCAACUACGAGGAUCAGGCCUGCUACGAGAACCAGGUUCAUGCUGGAGGGCGUCCCCCGCAGGGUGACCUUAACAUGCACCUGCAGGGCCUCAAGUCCACCGGCAACUAUGUAGACUUCUACUCAGCCUCGCGGCCCUACAGCGAGCUCAACUACGAGACCAGCCACUACCCAGCCUCACCAGAUUCCUGGGUGUAAGGGGAGAUGAGGGAGGAGGAGGAGAGUACGGAUAAAAGAAAACCCGGAAGUGAAGGGGGGGUGGCUUAAAGGUGGAGUGAAAGAAGAUGAAAGGACAGGUUCCCUUCCUCCCUCCCCAUCCUCCCCUGUAGUUCCUGAGUAGCAUCAUAGAUAGCAGGAUGAUGAAGGGGGAGGAUGGAGCGCAUGAAAGGAGACGCGGGCAGAAAGCUUGAUAGACAUUUCACUCCUUUCAGGGACAUCUCUGAGAGGAAGGAGAGGACCAGAAGCAAAUGGAGGAGUGGCCAAGCAUGUGCAUGCACACCACCAACCAAACUGACCGACACAUUUUCUUUCUGUGUUUCGUUUGUGAUCAACAAGUGGUAGAGAAGGUUCACCAGACAGAAAGAGCGCCCGCUUCUUGUAGGCCUCUGGAUACAGAAUGUCAAUCAGAGACUAACCCGGAGAGAGAGAAGAGAGUCGGGACAUGAAAGGGAAGCGCGAGAGCAAAAGUUGGCAAACGGUUUUGCGAUGAAGAAGGACGAUGAAAGAUAAACGUGGAUUGGUGGACUUGAGGAUGAGAUGUUUUGCAGCGAGUCAGAGAUACCCCAAGAGGAAUCUGUAAAUAUGUGGUAUAGCAUCCAUGGGUUUUAGUAAAGUGAAGCACAAGAACUGUAGGACACAUAGGACGUCUGUCACACAAAACUUUUCUUUCUGUCUGUGGCUUCAGCGUGACGUAUUCUCUGGGCAAGAAAGACUUUUGGUCAUUUGUAACACUUUUUUUUGUGUUUCUACUUUUUUAAUUCUGAUUGUAUAGUAUUUGAUGUACACUGUACAUUUACGGAGAUGCAUUGCGUACUGUACAUUGCACUAUUUUCUGUGUCAUGUCAGGCCUUUUGCCACUGGUUCCGACUCACCUCCUCACCAAGUACGCCCCCUUACCCAAACACACACAGACUUUCAGAACUCAUAUCAUGGAUGUUGCUAAUGUGAAACACUGGAUAUGAAUUGCAAGGUCACGGUGCUCCUUUCCACUGCCCUACAGUUAGUACAGCUGCCAGAACUGCUAAAGAAAGGUUGUUUUUUGGGCUUUUUUAGGCUAGCGUUGCAUCUUCUCCACACCAUUCCCCUGCUUUUACCCCCCUCCUUUGAGUGACCUGUGUUCAUCAUGUAUAUAACCGUGCCAAACGAGGGAUACUUCCCCUCAGCUGAAAGGGGAGUGUUGACGGUGCAUUCAAGGGUCCAAGUUAAGCUGAAGGUUUUCAGCUGAACAUCCUCGCCGUUCUAACGAUGCCACUUUGUAAAUGCUUUGGUUUUUCUAAACUGUGUUUUACUGGGAUGAAAACCGUCGAACUGCACCGAAACUCCCGAGUAAAAUCGUAACAAGAAAAAAAAAAGAAGAAGAAGAAGAGAAAAAGGAAAAUCGCGGAGGGACUGUGGAGCCUCACUUCCUCCAGAGCUGUACAAAAUUAGUUGAUUUCUGUGUUGUAAAUUAAUUCAUGUUUGAAGUACAAAAAAAGAAAAAACUUUUCUGAGAGAUGGUUGGCAAUUCUAACUUCAUGGUAGACAACAACUGUUAAUAGAGUACGGAUAUAUAUUAUAUAAAUAUAAAUAUAUACUUUUUAUGUGCAGAUGUGGAUGUCACUUAUAGCAGCAACAUUAUGGAAAAAAAGACUUGUUUAAAAAAAUUUUAAAAAAACAGCUACAUGUAGGAAUUUUGUUCACAGUUAAUUUUCUGGUCAGCACACUAAAAUUGUCGACUUUGUGUAGUAAUGUUGUUGCUAUGUGGAGUAGAGUAGACCAGGGCCCAGGGAUCCACGUCGUCACUGAGGCAGUCUAGCAAAGGUGCUACAUCCGUGAGAAGUAUUUCCGACACGUCUGUAUUCUGUCUGUGCACAAGAUGUUUUCAGACUCCACCCAUCGUGCUGCACUGAUGCACUGGAGUGUGUCACCAGUGCACCUCUGCUUUUUAGAUGAUUUGGUCUCAGAUACCAAAACAUGCACCCGUCAAUGCAUGCCCAUUUUGUUGUCAAACUGAAAUAUCUUUUUUCUUUUCUUUCUUCUGUUUUUUUCUGUAAGUGAAGAAGGCUAAAUUGUAAAAGGUGACACCAGACCCUGGUUCUCCCUACUCACUGCUGUUUAGAAGUCCUAGAGGUCAUCUUCCAAUGCUUGAUAAAGCCACUCAUAAUGCAGCAGCCCCACCACCACAAACACACACUGGAUGGAAAGCAGACGUGCUGUAUUUUUGUUAGUAAGCAUCUGGAAACUGAGAACGUUAUGUAUGUCCUUGUGAUCCUUAGGCAGAGAAAACUUACUAUGAGACCUGUAUGGAGAUAUAACGUCGGUGACCUUUUUUUUGCUAGACCAAAUGUGUUUUAAAAAGAGAAAUUGUGAAUCUUUCUAUUGCCUCAAACAGACUGCAACUGCUCCAAAAAAUAUAAACGAACCAUCAAAGAA